CACCAGGGGAGCAAGUUACUCUUUUCAGGGUACCCACUCUAGGAAAAAAAUUAAAGAAUAUAUAAUUAAUAAGCUAAAAGAAAAAUAGAAUAUAAAAUUGUUUAAUAAUCCAAAAAGACAACAGGGGAAGAAAAAACAUAAAUCAAGUAGGACAGAUAGAAAACAAACAGUGAGGUGGUAGAUAUAAACCCAAAGGUGUUGAUAACUAUAUGAAAUGUUAAUAGAAAUAGCCAUUCUUUUUUCUAUGAAAAUUUAGUAUCUCAUAUCUUUAAGAGUUCAUGAAAUUCUCAUUUUCAAGUUAUUUAACAGUGUUUCUCUUUUUCCCCAUAGACUGCCCUUCAUCCACCUGGGUUCAGUUCCAAGACAGUUGUUACAUUUUUCUUCAAGAAGCCAUCAAAGUUGAAAGCAUAGAGGAUGUCAGAAAUCAGUGUACUAAUCAUGGAGCAGACAUGAUAAGCAUACAUAAUGAAGAAGAAAAUGCUUUUAUACUGGAUACUUUGAAAAAUCAAUGGAAAGACCCAGCUGAUAUCUUAUUAGGCAUGUUUUUUGACACAGAUGAUGCCAGUUUCAAGUGGUUUGAUAAAUCAAAUAUGACAUUUGUUAAAUGGUCAGACCAAGAAGAUGGCGAAGAGCUAGUUGACACCUGUGCCUUUUUGCACACCAAGACAGGUGAUUGGAAAAAAGGAAAUUGUGAAGUUUCUUCUGUGGAAGGAACCCUUUGUAAAGCAGCUAUCCCAUAUGAAAAGAAAUAUUUAUCAGAUAACCGCAUUUUAAUAUCAGCUUUGGUGAUUGCUAGCACAGUAAUUCUGACAGUUUUGGGAGCAGUUGUUUGGUUCUUGUACAAAAGAAGUUUGGAUUCUGGUUUCACCACAGUUUUUUCAACAGCACACCAAUCACCUUAUAAUGAUGACUGUGUUUUAGUAGUUGCAGAGGAAAACGAAUAUGAUAUUCAGUUUAACUAAGAUUUUGGAAAUGUCAGAUUAAGACAUCAAAUACCUUUCCUCUGCAAGAUUUCAAUAUAAAACCUGACAAUGAAAAUUAA